GCGGAAGCGGCGGCCAUGCGGGCACCGGGGCCGUGCGCGGAGUGCGGGGCGGCGGGCGCGGCCCGGUACCGCUGUCCGCGCUGUGCAGCCGCUUACUGCUCCGUGCCGUGCUGCCGCAGCCACCGCGAGCGCUGCGCGCCCGCUGCCCGGCGGGAGGAGGAGGAGGAGGAGGAGGAGGAAGCCGGGCAGGGAUCGCCCCCGGGCCCCGGCGGCAGCCCCCGCGCUCCGGAGGACAUCCCGGGCGAGGAGGAGGAGCAGGACCGCGUCCCGCCGCAGAAACUGCAGCUGCUGGGGGAGUCCGCGGAGCUGCGGGAGCUGCUGCGGAACCCGCACCUGCGGCAGCUGCUGCUGGGGCUGGAGCGCGCGCGGGACAGGAGCGCGCUGCUGCGGCGCCUGAUGCGCGAGCCGCUCUUCGCCGAGUUCGCCGACUGCUGCCUGGCCAUCGUGGAGCCCCCCGAGGAGAAGGAGAACCUGCUGCCCCACUGAGCUGCUUCCUUUGGCAUCGAGGUUUUUGUUGUGUGAGCUUUGCCAGAGCUGUGCUGUGUGUCUCGGUCACUGUGCCCUCAGUGUCAGUGCUCUGAGCUCAGCUGGCUGCUGGGACUCAUUUCUAGAUCCUUACCUGCAUGGAAAUUUGGGAUUGGAGUGGGGGGUUGAACUGGACACUCUGUGGCAGUUCAACAGAUUCUUUCUGUUGGCACAGAAAUGCUGGCGGCACAGGAAAUGUUACUUCACAGUGACAAUAUUAAAUAUAUUCGCAUUUAUUUUAA